GUACAAGGGAAGACAGUGCGGGAGUGGGAAGCUGAACAGAAUGAGUUCAGCAACCAGCCCACGUUGCCUUCUGGCUGGCUGCGCAUCAAGUCGCGCACAACGGGAGAAGUGUACUAUUUCAACAAGAUCACACAGAAGUCGCAGUUUGAAAUGCCAAAGAAGGUGGAGGAGCCAACCCCAAAGAAGGUUGCGAAGCAGGCCGAGGGCGCCCCGGCCAAGGGCACCGCGCCGGCACAGGGCCGGAAGGCGGAGGAUCUCCCCAAUGGCUGGACGAAGCACAUCUCCAAGCGGAAUGGGAAAGUGUACUACUUUCACAAGGCCACGAACAUCUCGCAGUACUACCGUCCGAAGGCAUGA